UUGUGUUUUCGGCUGCUUCGUCGCGAGUGUAAAAGAAUUUUCCGCGAGUGUAAGCAAAAUACAAUAAAGUUUUAAAUCAAAUAAUAUAAAACAAAUUGCUAAUAAUAAAUGUAAAACUAAAAUGACAUUGAAGUGAAAAAUGUUCAAUUUCUCUAAAGUCCUAGAAAAUUUCUACGAGAAAAAUCACACGCAAAUGUAAAGAAAAUUGUCAAGAAAAUAAAAAAAUAUACAGGGUGUGUUUUCUGAGAGUGACUGUGUAAUAAAAGUCAAAGUAUAGUGAAUUUACUUCAAAAUAAAAUUCAUUGCAAAAAUAUUAUAAAAAGAAUAUUAAUUACAAAAUAAGUUGUAAUAAAUGAAAAAAAUAUUAUUGUAUUUUUAAUAGAUAAAAUAAUAAAUUCUACUUGACACGCAGUAUUCAACUACUGCCAAUAAAAGUCUGUGAUUUGUCAUAAUUUUUAUUUUUUGUAAAAGUUUGUUUUGCAAAACGUGUGUAAAGUGCGUGAAAAAAAUCAGAAAAAAUAUAAAUUCUAUAUUUUUUAUUAGUUCAACUACCUGCCAGCCAGACAGCAAACCUAUUGCCUGCCCAUUUUGUUUUAACUCACAAAAAUAACACAAUGAGUUCGCCAAUUGUUACACGAAGGGGUGCACAAAAAGCUAAAAUACAAACUCGCGCAAUGGUCAAAUCAGCAGUGACAGCAGCAGCUAACGUCAAUUCAGUCGAGAAUCGCAAACCGAGUGCGGCACUUCUGGAGGCAAAACGCAAAGCAAAAUUACUAAAAAUGCAACAACAAAAUCAACAAGAAAUUGUAGUCAAGGAUAUAUUUCAAAAUGCGGUGAAUGCUAAAUACAUGACUCAACGACCCACUGGUCUUAUUUAUGAUGAAUCUAUGUCUCAGCAUCGCUGUCUCUGGGAUAGUGAACAUCCAGAGUGUCCAGAAAGAUUCAUACGUGUUUUAGAUCGUUGUCGCGAAUUAAAAUUAGUUGAACGCUGUCAAAUUUUACCCUCUAGACGUGCUACCAAGGAUGAAGUAAUGCUUCUGCAUAGCGAAGAACAUUAUCAAUUGUUGGAAAAAACUUCGGGUGUUAAUGAUGAUGUUAAAAUGGAAGAUUUAAGUUCACAGUUUGAUUCGGUUUAUAUACAUCCGACCACUUUUGAUUUGUCAUUAUUGGCAACAGGCUCAACAAUUGAUUUGAUUGAAAGCGUUAUAAAUGGUAACAUACAAAAUGGUAUGGCCAUUAUACGUCCACCAGGACAUCAUGCUAUGAAAGCUGAAUUCAAUGGCUAUUGUUUCUUUAAUAAUGUAGCAAUAGCUUCACAGUAUGCCUUGGAUAUUUUGAAAUUGAAAAAAAUCAUGAUAAUCGAUUGGGAUGUACAUCAUGGUCAGGGUACUCAGCGAUUCUUUUACAAUGAUCCCAGAGUACUUUACUUUUCAAUACAUCGUUUUGAACACGGCACCUUUUGGCCGAAUCUAAAAGAAUCCGAUUUUGAUGCUGUUGGUCAUGGUCCCGGUUUGGGUUAUAAUUUCAAUUUACCCCUUAAUAAGACGGGCAUGGGUAAUGGCGAUUAUUUGGCCAUAUUCCAGCAAAUACUGAUACCAGUUGCUGUGGAAUUUCAACCAGAAUUGAUAAUAAUUUCAGCUGGUUAUGAUGCUGCCUUGGGUUGCCCUGAGGGUGAAAUGGAAGUAACACCUGCCUUUUAUCCACAUCUUAUUAAUCCUUUAAUUAAAUUGGCCAAUUCUCGUUUGGCGGUUGUUUUGGAAGGAGGCUAUUGUUUGGAUUCGUUAGCCGAAGGAGCUGCUUUAACGUUGAGAGCCUUACUAGGUGAACCUUGUCCGUUGCUGGUGGAGAAAUUACAGCCACCUUGUCCUUCCAUACAAGAGUCUAUAUUAAAUUGCAUUUAUUCUCAUCGUCCUUAUUGGAAAUGUUUGCAGGUGCAAGACACCUACACCAUGGAAGAUUUAAACAACGUUAAUCCACAACCAAAUCUACAUAAAGUUAGUCGUUUAUUCAUUGGCGGUGCACCUUUGCCUGAACGUUUUCCCACACGUGGUACUGGUCCUAAAAUUCCAUUGGAUGUCAUAGAACGCAAUGCAUUACGCCUUAAGACACUAAAAGAAGAAACAAAACUAUUUUCACCACAAGUACGUGUCUGCUAUGUAUACGAUGAAUUUAUGUUAAAACAUUCAAAUACCUACGAAGAGGGACAUCCCGAACAACCCGAACGUAUAAGUAAAAUUUUCGAAAUGCAUCAAGAGUACAAAUUAUUGAAUCGCAUGCAACAUGUACAAUCACGUACGGCUACAACCGAUGAAAUCUGUUUGGCUCAUACUCGCUCACAUGUUAAUGCGAUACGUCGUAUUGGCGAGAAAGAUGAACUGCAAAACAUGGGCGCCAAAUAUAAUUCCGUCUAUUUCCAUCCAACAACUUUUGAUUGUGCCACUUUGGCGGCCGGUUCUGUAUUGCAGGUUGUCGAUAAAGUAGUUAAAGGCGAGGCACGCAGUGGAGUGUGUAUUGUACGACCACCGGGACAUCAUGCGGAAUCGGAUGUUCCUCAUGGUUUUUGUAUUUUCAAUAAUAUAGCAAUUGCCGCUCAGUAUGCUAUUAGAGAUCAUGGUCUCAAACGUGUUCUUAUUGUCGAUUGGGAUGUGCAUCAUGGCAAUGGCACUCAGCACAUAUUCGAAUCGAAUCCACAGGUCUUGUACAUAAGUAUUCAUCGUUAUGACAAUGCCACAUUCUUCCCUAAAAGUAAAGAUGGUGAUUAUGAUGCUGUGGGCAAGGGAGCUGGUGUAGGUUUCAAUGUUAACAUUCCCUGGAAUAAGAAAGGCAUGGGUGAUAUGGAGUAUGUAAUGGCCUUCCAACAGAUUAUCAUGCCCAUAGCGUAUGAAUUUGAUCCAGAGUUGGUUUUAGUUUCGGCCGGUUUUGAUGCUGCUAUUGGAGAUCCACUUGGUGGCUGCAAAGUAACACCCGAAGCCUAUGGUCUCUUCACGCACUGGCUAUCGGCCCUAGCUAAUGGACGAAUUAUUGUGUGCUUAGAAGGAGGCUACAAUGUCAAUUCCAUAUCAUAUGCCAUGACCAUGUGUACAAAAUCCCUACUUGGCGAUCCUAUACCAGCAAUAAAUCUAAAUGGUAGUGCUUCGCGGCCACCAACUGUAGCGUACAUGAGCUGCAUGGAAACAUUACAGAACUGUAUAGGAGUACAACAACGGUAUUGGAAAAGUUUAGCUUUUGGAAAGAGAUUGCCACAGACAUCGGGUGAAAACAACAAUGAGGAUUUUCUUUCUGCUACUUUACAAAAUUUAGAUAUUACAAGGGAUGAUGUCCAAGGCGCUGCUGGUGGUUCUCAAGAUACAGACACCAAUGUAUCACUCGAGGCAAGUGGCAGUAAACCGAAGGUAAAAGUAAAAACUCUUACAGAAUUUCUCACAGAGCACAUGCAGGCUUUCGAAAAUAAUGAAAUGUUUGCUGUUGUACCAUUAAAAAAUUGUCCUCAUUUGUCCCAGUUACAUCUGGGGGAUGUACCAAAAACAAUAAAUACAUCAAUGCCCUGCCAUGAAUGUUCAUCAACGGCCGAAAAUUGGAUGUGUCUUAGUUGUCAACGGGUUUUAUGUGGCCGUUACGUAAUGGAGCAUAUGCUGUAUCAUAAUUUGGAAACAUCCCAUCCAUUAGCAUUAAGUUUUAGUGAUUUAUCCGUCUGGUGUUAUCCUUGCGAAUCAUAUAUAGAUAAUAGUAAAUUACAUGCCUAUAAGAACUUGGCACAUCGUCAUAAAUUUGGUGAAGACAUGCAGUGGUCAUACGAUGAUGAGGGCGACCAACAACAGCAAAACAAUCGAUGUCACAGUGAUACAGAUAGUUAUGAUGACGACGAGAGCAGUGAUAGUUUAAGACAACAACUUGAAAAUAACUAUUAUAUACAUUUGAAUUAUGAUACAAAUAACUGACAUUUGCUUUUGGUACUGCUUGAGUCAGUACAGCAUCAAAUAUGUUUGCUGUUUCCUUCUUUGCGUCCAGUUUUUCAAUAUGUUUUACAAUACAUUUGGCCUUUGGUACAACGUUUAUGUGCGAAUAUUUUACAUUAUUUUAUGGCAAACUGAUCAUGGAUCGGAUAAAAUUAACAAAUUAAAAGCUAAAUAAAUUUUAUCUACAUAAAUUUAACAUUAUAUUAGAUUAAUAUAUACAAACAUACAUAUAAAUAUGUACUAAUUUGUUAUAAAAUAUAAUUUUAUGUUAAUAUUAUUAAUCAAAUUACAUACAAAUUUUCCAUUUAAUCAAUGAGGCACAAUAUAUUUUUUUUAAUUUUUUCUUUUUCACCUUGCCAAAGCUCCUAAGUACUUUCCUUUUUUUUAACAAAUUCACUUGUUAAAGAGAAUUCUAAAUUAUGCACCAAAAUAAACUAUUUAUUUCACUCUUAACAAAAUAUAAUAAAAAAACAACUGUUAAAAAUUAUUUAUAUAUUUUAUUUCUUGUUAAAUCUAAUUAAUUAAUUUUUUAAAAACUUACUAAACUUGACUAUGUUAACUUUGCUUUAACAGCUAAACAAUAAAUAAUAUUUUGUUAAAAUCUUGUUAUAUUUCCAAAAUUAAACUAUUCCUUUAAACCAAUAAAAAAAUGUUGACUAAAAAAUAAAUUUUAACUAAAAUUUAAUAUAAACAAAUAAUAUUAGUAACUAACAUUACUUUAGGUUGAUUGUAAAUUAAUUAUUAAGCUAAAUUAACGAAAGAAAAAGUGAAAUAUUAGAAUAUUUUCUUAGAUACAAAUUUAUAGUUAAAACGAGAAAAUACAAAAAAAAUAAAUAUUUGCAUGUACGUAAGAAUGCAUAUUGAUAUGAUAGUAAAUUAAGCAUCCAUAAAUAUUAAUUAAUAAGUAUGUACUAUUUAUGUUUAAGUAUUAAUGUUAAUCAUAGCGUUACGUCUAGUUUAAUGUGCAACACAAACAAAUCGGAAAAAUAAACAACAAAUUAUUACUAAAAUAUUCUA